AUGGCGUUACCAGAUGGUGGUAUAUCGGGGGAGGAAGUCCCUUUUCCAGAGAUAAUAGAGCUCAAUGUUGGAGGCCAGGUGUAUAUAACCCGCUACUCAACCCUCACGAGUGUGCCAGACUCUCUACUGUGGGAGAUGUUCAGCCAAAAGUCAACCAAAGGACUGGCCAGGGACACCAAGGGGCGUUUUUUCGUGGACCGCGACGGUUUCCUGUUCCGCUACAUCCUGGACUACAUGAGGGACCAACAGCUGGUCCUUCCCGACCACUUUCCCGAGCGCGGGCGUCUGCAGAGGGAGGCCGAGUUCUUCAACCUGCCCGAGCUUGUGAAGCUGCUGUCCCCCAAAAUCAGCAAACAGAACUCGCUGGGCGACGAGGGGUGUCAGAGCGACCCGGAGGACUCCUCGCCCGGGAUGGACACGGCGCGCAGCCUGGGCUCCCUCGGAGCGGCGGCCGCUGCCUGCGCCAGUCUGGUGCCCGGCGGCAUGGAUGGCAAACGCUCCGGGUUCAUCACGAUAGGCUACCGGGGCUCCUACACCCUGGGCCGCGACAGCCACACCGACGCCAAGUUCCGUCGGGUGGCUCGCAUCAUGGUGUGCGGGAAGACCUCUCUGGCCAAGGAGGUGUUCGGGGAAACGCUCAACGAGAGCCGCGACCCCGACCGCCCGCCCGAGCGCUACACCUCCCGCUACUACCUGAAGUUCACCUUUCUGGAGCAGGCCUUCGACAAGCUGGCAGACGCAGGCUUUCACAUGGUGGCCUGUAACUCCACCGGAACCUGCGCCUUUGCCCACGAGCAGACGGACGACAAGAUUUGGACCAGCUACACUGAAUAUGUUUUCUACCGAAACUCAUCAGGGAUUUCCACGACAACGACCCUCAACCUCCCUUCUCCCAGUGAAGUGGAAACCACUCCGCCAGCUCCUUCUCAUACCGAAUCAGCCACAGUGGACCUAGGCAGCACUGGUCGAACUAAAAGCCUUCCAGAAACAGGAUGCAGCACAACCCUGAACGUUAAACAAUCCCUCCCUCCUCCUCUACUGCCUCCUCCUCCUCCUCCUCUUCCAGACAUACCUGACCUUCCACUUCCUUCACCCCCAAUUCUUCCUCCACUUCCUUUGUUGUCCAAAUCUUCUUCUACCUCCAGCCCUCCUCCGCCGGCCACGCCGUCCCCCGCUCAGAGCCCCCUGCGUCCCACCACGCUCAACCUAAAGACACUUCCUCGGACCACAGUCAGGGAGAAUGGCGGCCCCCCACCUGGAACGGAAGAGGAAGAGGAGGAAAAGAAAAUGCUGGAAGAGGAUCUGAAAAAAUGCAUUGAGGACUUCAAAAAGAUCAGUUUGCCCAAAGUGUUUCCAGAUCGCAAGAGGCACUGGCAGAGUGACUUACUCAAGAAGUACAAUGCAUAA